GACCGUGCCCCCAGCACGCUGAAGAAGCACCUGAGCGGCUGGCGGCGCUGGCUUAUUUUCUGCCGAGCUUCUGGCGUGCAGGCAGGUCGCCCUUCGUGCCCUGAUGUCCUUGAUUUCUUGGAGGCGCUGGCCGAGGGUGCUAGCAGCGAUCGUGGCGCCCGAAGAUCGGGAGCGGCGCGCGGUGUGAUUUACGCCCUGCGCUUCAUCGCGCACAAGCUGCUUCUUGAAGCACUGGAUGGGAUUCUCCGCGGGCCAGUUGUGAUAUCUUGGUUAUCUGCGCAGAAGUGGCAGCGUCGCGCACCUUCAGAGGCCCUGCCCCUCCCCUUGUUUGCCGUAUGUGAACUCGAGCAGGCUGCACUGAUAGGCGAGGAGGCUGCAGAUCGGUUUCUUGUUGGCUGCUUCCUUGUCAUGCUGUGGGCUGGGUUACGUUUUUCAGACGCACAGCGCAUUGACCUAUCUUCGAUUCUGUGUGCGGGUGGCUCCCUACGGGGGUGGUGCUGGAGGAGUAAAACCUGCCCGACUGGAUUUGCCUGGGGCUGCCAGUUGGCGGGUGCCACUGGCAAUGACUGGGCACAACAGCUCGGCGAGGCACUGCUGGACGUUCACACGGAGUCCCCUGAUCGCGACUUCCUGCUGGGCUAUGAGAAAGGGCCAAUGCCCUACUCUACUGCACUUGCGCAUUUCCGGCGCUGUCUUGUUAAGUAUACAUCCUUGACUGUUGAGGACGCACGCAAAUUCACGCUCCACAGCCUGAAAACUACACUGCUGACCUGGGGCCUGCAGCUGCAAGUGGGAGUUGAGGAGCGGGCAGCCCAAGGACACCAUCGCUUGCGCAAUUCCUCUGGGUGCGUGGAAAAGUACCGCAGAGAUGAUGUCCUACCUGCACUUCGCUGCCAGCGGUCGGUGAUUAAGGCCGUGCGUGCAGGCUGGGUGCCGUGCACAGCGUUGGCCCGUGGGAUAGUGGCCGUGCCAGAAAAGGAUCCGGGCGCCUUGCUGGUGCAGCGGUGUGAGCCGGGAGAGAUGGAGUCUGACACAGAGACAGAAGAUGAAGAUGACGGCUCCGAUGCGUCGAGCAUGCUGGCCGCGGACUGUGAUGAACUGGAUACAGAUAGUGUGCAAAGCGAUGCUCUUUCCGCUGCCUCAGAUGCCGAGAAUGAAGUGCUGCUUGAGGCGGGCCCUUGGAUUUUGAACCUAGUAAGUGGCUGGUAUCAUCGCGCGGUGCGUCGCGAGCCCUCCACGCGUGCAGCAGCAUCUGAGGAAGCGCAGUACGGCAAGGCGUGUCGACCGGGCGGUGAGCUUGGGGAUCGCUACGAAGUCCGCACAAAGGAUCCAGGCAUGGAGGGCUUUAGCCCUCUCAUUGAAUUGCCUGCUUUACGCAAUCUUUCUUGCUUUUGCUUCGGCCCUAUGACCGUGUGGAAGAAGCAGAUGGUGGACGCUGGCGUGUCUGAGAAGAUGGCGGAUUUGGUGGUGAAGCUUGGUUACGACUCCGAGGAGCUGUUUUGUGGCGCAUUUGUGGAUCAAGCAGCGUUUGAGUCUUGGCUGGUGAAGCUGCGGAGCAAGGCGGGGGAUACCGAGUUGGAGCGUUUAGAUGACGUUGAGUGGGCCACACACCCUGUUGCAGCCAGACUGCGUGUCUUUUGGAAGAAAUGCCAAAAGCUUCCUCUGCUAGCACUUCAGCCACGGGGUCCAGACGGGGGUGUCUCGACUGCUUCACUUGCUUUGAUGCCAGUGCAAAGUGCCUCCCGAUUGACUCCCAGCGAUCGGGAAAGACUUCGGCGAAAACUCGAAGCAGACUACACCUCCGUGGUGGUGACUGCCGAGACGAUGCCGGCCCUAUGCUACCUGCAAGCCAUCCAUCAGCAGAAACAGGAUAAGCUCUGGGAGUGGUUGCCUUGGCGGCGCAUCUUGAGUGAGGAACAGCUCUUGGAGGUAAAGGCACGGCGCAGCCGCGCCACUCCCGACUCCCAACCGGAUGAGUGGGACCUUGACUUGGUUGGGGCUGCCUUGCGGGUGCAGCACACUUUGGAGACCAGGGCGCAUGCCUUUGCUAUGGUAGAUGCCUGUCAUUUACACUCUUGGACUGUGUACGUCAAGAAGUUUAUGCACCUGUAUGCCAAGAAGCCGAUGGAGAACUUUCGCCCCCCCACUGUUCUGGAGGCAGAAGCUGCUGACCGCUCCGUAUUGGAGGAGGUGUUCCAGUUGUGCUUCUCGGGUCAUUCCUUGAGCGAUGCUUUAGCGCACGUGGUGGUAGACAGAGAUAUGUUGCGUCAUGUUUUGGUGGAGCGCCCUAAAGCCGGCAAGGUGGAAAAGGUACCGCUGCCCCCAUCACCAUUGCCGCCUCUUCCCCGCCGUCCAGGGCUUGGCAAUGGCAAGCGUCGCCCGUCCGAGGCGCCUCGAGCGCCGGGCAAGCGCUUGCGAAAUGGCGAGUGCUGGGAUUGGGUUGAUGGAAAGUGCUCCUCGAAGAUGUGUCGGUUCAAACACGAGUGCGCCGUGUGCGGGGACAAGUCGCACCAUGCAGCGGUGUUCAUGGGUGCAUCGCACCGCCGUCAUACCCUGACGGAAAGCACACUGCGGAAAGCGAGUAGUCGGUUCCGUUUGAAGGAUGGUGGCGGCGUUUGGUCAGAUGCGGAUUGGAUGUCCCCGCGCAGUUCCGACUUCUUGUGGGAGUUGCGACGGUUUUGGAUGGAGCGCAUUGCGGAGUGGGGCCUGGUCCCCCGCUUGUUGGCCCAUGUGACCCAAGCAGAGCCGCUUCCUCUGCUGCGUGACGAUGAGGUAGAUGUCCUUCGGCAGGACGUUGUGGCCUUUCUGAGAAGCAGAGGUUGGCAGUGCACUGCUCGCGUUGCGGAAGGCCAGCCUUUUACGCUUGGCAUCUGGGACGCAUUGCUUGGAUAUCUGCAGGAUUGCGAUGCCGACUUGCCAGACAUAUUACAAAAGGGGGUGCCUACAGGUAUCCUGUCGGAUAUCCCUGCUUCGGGAGUGUGGCAUCCCGUAGACCGGCCUGAGCGACCUUGCCUGGAAUUGUUGGUGCAUGAUGAGCCCUGGGCCUCUGCCACGGAUGAUUCAGACUGUCUUAUGCGUCUGGUCCAAGCCGACAUCGAUGCCGGGUUCGCAGAAUGGCUGCCGGGCGGCUUUCCGGAAGCAAAAGCGCGGUUUGGUGCCAAGUGCGCGGCAGGCAAGUUGGGCGUUGUGAAAAAGGAGGGUUCGGAUCCGCGACUUGUUGGCGACAGUUCUGUCUCCAAUGCGAACCUGCUGUGCCGUAUUCUGGAGAAAGUCGAGCUGCCCUCACUCUUUGACGUGUCCGAGUUCCUGUCUCGGUACCAAGAUGAGGCCUGGACGGCCUUCUCGUUGGAUGUGGCUAAGGCUCAUAAGCGGAUCAGGAUCGAUCCGGCCGAACGAGGGUUUUCAAUUUUUGUGGCAGUUGACAAGCAGGGCCGCAAGCACUGGUUCGUGUAUAACACGGCGCAUUUUGGGGCUUCCUGGGCGGGCUAUUGGUGGGCCCGUGCGGCUGGCGCUUUUGUGCGCUGCGCACAUGUUCUUCUUCAUGACAGUCAUUUUUUGGUUAUAUAUGUUGAUGACCUCUUGGCGUUGUUUCCUCGACAUCGAGCGCCGUUCUUGGCUUGUCUGUGCAUCAUGCUGGCGACGUCCAUGGGAGUUCCAAUCUCCUGGAGAAAGUUGCAGCUGGCAGACUCGCUGCGGUGGAUCGGCUGGGAUAUCUGCCUGGGGAGGCGGCCAGUGGCUACGCUACCUUUGGAUAAGCGUGCUGUGCUGCUAGCCGUGUUGCAGCCGCUGCGUUCACCUGGCGCCAGUAUCAAUCGCCGAGACCUUCGCAAGCUUGUGGGCCGUCUUUGCUGGUUCACAGCGGGGCUCCGCUGGUUGCGGCCCUGGCUGGCUAUGUGGUUCCACGCGCUAGCAAAGCCCAAGUUGCGCCUGCAGUGCCUUGACCGUGAGCAGAUCGAGGAGGUGGCUGGCGCGCUAGAUGACACCAUGCUUGUGUCCUGGCCGUGUGCCACAUCUGAUGUCCAGGCGGGCUGGCGUGUGCUUGAAGCGUCCAAUCGAGCGGUGGAUUGCAGACGAGAUCUCCUAACGGCCAGAUUGCGUAAUGGCAGAGUGUGGGUUAAGUUCUCUGAGGCCUCGGACUCGGGGACGGUGGUGUUGAGCUCGGAUGAGGCCCGUGUAGCUUCGUUCUUCCUCGACGUGGUGAAGGCCAAUGUGCCAGUCCAACUAGCCACUACGGCCGGAAUUUCGGGCGCGGCAGCAGCGGAUGCGUUCGCUGAGGGUGACCAGGCUGGAUUAGGCGGGUGGUGGAUUGAGCCGGGCGAGCACAUUCAUCCACGCAAUAUCCGUUAUUUUGCCAUAUCUCUUCGGCUGCGUGACCUGCCAGCGUGGUUCCUCAAGCCAUUAGAGAAGGGAGACCGCAACUUGCAGCCACUAAUUGCUGCGUUUGAAGCUCUGGCCCAGCUUGUCCUCUUGGAGUGUCGGUGCUUGUCUUUGCCCCGAACAGGCGACGUUGGCUGGCUGGCGAUGCGACAAGAAUGCGAUAAUAUGGGCGUCGUUGGGGCCUCUGCAAAAGGAAUGUCCCUCAAGGAGCCUCUCGCGUCCGUGCUGCAAUCGGCAGGGCUAUUUUGUGCUGAGCACGGCUUGGAUCUGCGUAUUACACAUGUCGCCGGAGUGCGGAACAAGUGGGCGGACGCCUUGUCGCGUGGCUAUGCGGUCGACGCUGAAUUUUGGGACAUGCUGGAUGAGCGCCGCAGGGUGCGCCCCGAUUGGAGGCGGCUUUUGGAGCUGGGCCGAUGCCCGGUCAUGCCCCGUGGCUUGUGA